CGUCGGUUCUGGGAGAGCGGCCUGAACGAGGGCUUGAGCGUCUUCGUGGCGCUGGCGCUGGGCGCCACCAUGCUGGGCUUGGGCUGCACCGUGGAGGCGAGCCGGCUGGGCGGGCAGCUGCGGCGGCCGCUGGGCUUGCUGCUGGCGCUGCUCUGCCAGUUCGGCCUCAUGCCGCUGGUGGCCUUCCUGCUGGCCCUCGCCUUCGCCCUCGACGAGGUGGCCGCCGUGGCCGUCCUGCUCUGCGGCUGCUGCCCCGGAGGGAACCUCUCCAACAUCAUGUCGCUCCUCGUCGACGGAGACAUGAACCUCAGCAUCAUCAUGACCACUUCGUCCACCUUGCUGGCUCUGCUCUUGAUGCCUCUGUGCCUGUGGCUCUACAGCCGCGCCUGGAUCAACACGCCACUGGUGCGCCUCCUGCCCCUGGGUGCCGUCAGCCUGACCCUGUGCAGCACGCUGCUCCCCAUCGGCCUCGGCGUGCUCAUCCGCUACAGAUACCCACGACUGGCAGACAUCCUGCUGAAAGUUUCCUUGUGGUCUCUCCUAGUGACCUUGGUGAUCCUUUUCAUUCUCACGGGUACCAUGCUGGGUCCUGAACUGCUGGCCACAAUCCCUGCCACUGUCUACGUGGUUGCUGUGUUGAUGCCCUUGGCGGGUUACGGCUGUGGCUACGGUGUAGCGACAUUAUUCCACUUGCCACCCCACUGCAAGAGGACGGUGUCCCUGGAGACAGGCUGCCAGAACGUUCAGCUCUGCACCGCUAUACUCAAGCUAACUUUCCCUCCACAGCUCAUUGGGAGCAUGUACAUGUUCCCUUUGCUGUAUGCCCUCUUCCAGGCUGCAGAAGCUGGCCUGAUUGUUCUGGCCUACAAGAUAUACGGCAAGGAUUUCUACAAGCAAGACACUUUAGGCGGGGAAGAAGAAGACACUGAUAUUUCUUACAGGAAACUCAAGGAGGAGGAAGUCCUGGAUACCACCUAUGGCACAGUGACUGCUGAGAGCCAGGGCUCAGUGCUUAUGGAGUCUGCACAGACUGCUUUCUAG